UGCAUACAAUGUAGUACAUGCAUGUAACACAGUGAAAUUUUCUAUCAGGGCGUCAAACAAUUUUAUUGCAAAUAAAAUUGUUAAUCUUUAUGGUACGAUGCUGUUGAAAGAAAUUAUUUCAGAAUAAUAUAGUCUACGAAUACAUACAAUAUUUACAAUGGUUGUUGUAAAGUUGGAAGAGAACAUUGAAUGUAAUUCAAAGACAUCAUUGCUUGUCGUGCCGAUUUAUUAGCGUUACCUUAUAUGUUGCUGAUCGAGUGAAAGAACUUAUAGUUUUAUAGAAUUAAACUUGUUUUACUAUUAACUGCGAUAAAGUGAUACGGUAACCAAUGCUAACUAGUUUAAUUGGGAUUGCAUUUUUUCAAAAUUAACGCAUCAAUAUGUGGCUGUAGAAAAUAAUGAGAAAAGCUUUAAAAAAGAAAAAAUUCUCGAUGAAAUUUCUUUAUAACAGAGAAGAUUUAUUUUUUCCCUGAUGUUUUAAUAAAUAUCAUUUACGAAAGCACUAACAAGCGUUAACAGUUUUUCGCUUGUCAACUUAUCAGGAACACCUGUGAAAACCUAUGUAUUGGAGGUAGUGCAACGGAUCAUGAAUGUGGUCAGCAUAGCAGAGAGGCGGUGUCGGGAAGGUGGUUGACACGCCUUCAAAUCUUUGAGAUGAUUGAAAGCGUAUCUCGUAGAGCGUUGAGUGGCUCCAGUGGGAGCUACCACGUUCGUGGUGCUGAAUUAGCAAGAAAUCGUAGGCUAAAAUCUUUAUCAGCAACUGUUGUAUUCCUUGAUGAUACUCAACACACAUUUCAAUUAGAUAAAAGAGCAAAGGGUCAAGCAUUAUUGGAUUUGGUAUUUCAACACUUGGAACUUGUUGAGAAAGAUUAUUUUGGUUUGCAAUAUGCUGAAAAUGGAGCUACAACCUGUACAUAUUCACCCGAUGUAAUGAGGUGGCUAGAUCCUAGUAAGCCAGUUAAGAAGCAGAUAAGAAGUAAGGGCGGACAAUUUUAUUUUAGAGUGAAGUUUUAUGUAUCUGACCCUAGUAAAUUACAAGAAGAAUAUACUAGAUAUCAAUUUUACUUACAAAUACGAAGAGACAUUCUUCAAGGAAAGCUUCAGUUACCACCAAGUACAGCGUGUCUUAUUGCCAGUUAUACUGUUCAAUCUGAGUUAGGCGAUUAUCAUCCAGAAGAACAUGGUCCAGGAUAUCUUUCGAGGUUACAGUUAAUACCAGGACAGACUGAAGAAAUGGAAAAAAAAAUUUCUGAAUUACAUAAACUUCAUAAGGGUCAAUUACCAGCAGAUGCAGAAUUCAAUUUUUUAGAUCAUGCAAAGAGAUUAGAUAUGUAUGGGGUAGAAUUACAUAAAGCUAGGGAUUCAACGAAUAAAGAAAUACAAUUAGGUGUAACAUCUAUAGGCUUAGUAGUAUUUCAAAACGGAAUAAAAAUCAAUGUAUUUUCAUGGUCAAAAAUAGUUAAAAUUUCGUUCAAACGGAAACAAUUUUUUAUUCAACUCAGAAGAGAACAGUCAGAAAAUUACGAUACAUUACUUGGUUUUAACAUGCAAACAUAUCGAAGUUCAAAAAAUUUAUGGAAAGCAUGUGUCGAGCAUCACACAUUUUUUAGACUUCACAGUCCUAAAACGAGGCCAAGGCGUUUUCCACUCACCUUAAGUAGUAGAUUUACUUAUUCAGGCCGUACUGAAUUCCAAACAGUUGAAGAUGGAAAGCAUAGAGCCAGGGUGGAAAGAACGUUUAUUAGAUCUCCUAGCAAAAGAUUAGUACACGGGGUAACAUCAGCCUCGAUUAUUGAAGAAAAAGGGAAAUUAUCUAUACCCCCUGGAAGACCUCCUAGGCCGUAUGAUAAUAAAGUUCAAUCUCUUGGUGCUCGUGAACCUCGUCAAGCCUGGGGUGAAGGGAAUCCUAGUGACGAUGAAGGCGGUUUUCUGUCUCUUCGAGAAGAAAUAACAGGCUCGCAUACCCAGGGAAAUGCAUUUUCACCUAUAUUAGGAUCUAGAGUUUUAAGUUAUGUGGACGAUGAUACAACGGCCGAAAGAAAUAUUUAUGAUCUUCCUGAUUAUAGUGAACCUACAAGUUCACCUGCUCCCCAGAUAGUGGAAGAUGGAUUAGUAACUAUAUCUUUAACGCCAGAUGAACAGGGUCGAUUUGGGUUUAACGUAAAAGGUGGUUUAGAUCUUGACAUGCCUAUUUUAGUAUCCAGAGUAGCGCCGAAUACACCUGCCGAUCGUUGUUAUCCAAAAUUAAAUGAAGGAGAUCAGGUAGUAUACAUAAAUGGGAUCGAUGUGAGUGGAUUGUUACACGAACAUGUAGUGAAUUUAAUUCGUCAGUCUCGUGAUUCGGGCUCAGGUGAAUUGACAUUAACAGUUAGGCCAAAUGCUUUGUACAAUGCUUUAGCGGGUACUGAUGAAACGUCCGAAGAAGAACCUCCAUAUAGGUACGUUCCGGAUGCACCUCACGCAGCUAUCGGAUCAGAUGCAUUAGCACAAUCAAUGUUACUCCUUGCUGAUGGUCUAGCAAGUGGUGCCUUAAUUGCGCAAUACGAACAGUUGUACAGAAAGAAUCCUGAGCUUACCUCUCUUGAAUCCAAGAAGCCUGAAAAUCAGAGCAAAAAUCGUUACCGAGAUAUCUCACCAUACGAUGUUACUCGAGUGAUACUCAUGGGCUCUGCGAGCGGAGAUUACAUUAAUGCUAACUAUGUGAAUAUGGAAAUACCAGGAUCGGGUAUUAUCAAUAGAUAUAUUGCUACCCAAGGACCAUUGUCUUCGACAGUCGCUGAUUUUUGGCAGAUGGUUUUAGAAGCAGGCAGCACUCUCGUUGUAAUGCUUACAACUUUAGUUGAUCGUGGCCGAGCAAAAUGUCAUCAGUAUUGGCCUGCGCUCAACGAAACUCUUACACUGCGGAAUCUUACGCUUACAUCCACGGCUGAAAAUGUUGAAGACACUUUUAUAUUUCGAGAAUUCAUACUUCGUGAUAUUAAUACUGGAGAGGAAAGAGACAUAACGCAUAUGCAAUACUGCAGCUGGCCAGAUCAUGGUGUUCCUAGUGAUUGGCGACAAUUUACGACGUUUACUGAAAGAGUGCGGGCAGCUCGAACAGGAAUGGUAGAACCUGCUGUUGUUCAUUGUUCCGCUGGAAUAGGCAGAACAGGUGUUUUAGUGUUAAUGGAAACAGCACUGUGUCUUAUCGAAGCAAAUCAACCAGUAUAUCCACUAGACAUUGUGCGAUCUAUGAGAGAUCAAAGAGCAAUGAUGAUACAAAAUGCUAGUCAGUAUAGAUUCGUAUGUGAAGCAGUUCACAAAGCUUACAGCGAAGGAAUAGCUAAACCACUUCCGGAAUUUAGCAGGUGAAAAUAACACAAGGUUGAAAAGCAUUGUAUUUACCAUUUUUCUUACAUUUUGCUAAAAGCAUCACAUCAUUAGAAAAUAAUUUUAUACUCUGACAAUAAUAUACAUAUAUAUUAUUGAUUAAUAGAAAAGAUAUAUACUAUUUAAAAUAGAUAU